AUGGCAAUCAGCAAGUUUGUGAUUGGCUGUACUGCCGCGGCGUUUGCCAUCUCCACUCAAAUUUUGCCUUUUCACCGACCUUACUAUGAGCCUAAAGCCAGUCCCACUCACAAGGAUUCAUUUGCCAUAUCAGUCGUGGCCCCCGGACGACAUCAUCAUGGUAUCCAAGAGAAUUAUAGUUUCUCAAUCCCGGCGAAACGGCUCGGAAGUAACAUUAGCGACGAAGAGAUCCUAGCCCGCUUCACGAAGGGAUUCUUUUGCGGCGGCGCGUUUACUCCGGAGAGGGUGUUUCUGCAUAUCGCCCCGUUCAGGUUGACAGACAUCCUAGCCAUCAAGAAGAACAUAGCUACUCGGUCACAAAAUAGCAUUCCAGAUUUAUCAGUGGGCCCAGACAUAUGGGAUACAUCGUCUAUAUCUCCGAAAUCGACGCCACCCUUUGCGUCGCUGCUAUUUGGCAGUUUCCUAGUCCUUGAUUCUAGUUUGGUGAACCCCCAUCGAGAUCAGCUCCCCAGUGAUUACACUCAACACGCCAAGCCACCGCACGCAUUCGUAGAGAUCGCGUAUGGCGGUAAGGGAUUAGGCUUAGUAGGAUCUCAUCGAUUCGAAGUGAGUCGGCAUGAAGUGAAGCAAGCUACGGAAGUCGAAGAAUACACGACUGCAUUCGCUCUGUUUGAGGGGCUCUGGGAGGCGGGAAUAACGACUUGCUUUGUUAAUGUUGGGUCCGAUCAUCCUUCAAUAAUUGAAGCGAUCGUGAGAGGGAAGAGGGAGCGCCCCAACCGAUGGCCUAGAGUCAUUACCUGUCCUUCCGAAGUCAUUGCCAUCUCUAUGGCUGAUGGGUAUGCCCGAGUCACAGGCAGACCGCAAGCCGUUCUCGUGCAUGUUGAUGUUGGUACGCAAGCUCUUGGGCAGGGCGUCCACAAUGCAAGCGUCGGUCGUGUUCCAAUCUUGAUUUUUGCGGGAUUGUGCCCAUAUACAGAGUCCGGAGAGUUUCUGGGAUCUCGGACAGAAUAUAUGCAUUGGCUGCAGAACCCUCAUGAUCAGGCAGCUAUUGUAAAGCAGUUUUGUAGGUAUACAGGUGAAGUUCGUACAGGACUCAACAUCAAACAGACUAUUGGGCGUGCGUUGCAGUUUGCAAACUCCGCACCCAAGGGGCCGGUAUAUCUCACAGGUUCACGAGAAGUUCUUGCUCAAGAGAUUGGGCAGUAUUCGCUACAACAGGAUCGGUGGGUGCCUAUUGGACCAAGUGCACUCCCAUCAGAUGCCGUUCGCGAUAUUGCUGCAGCAUUAGUCCAGGCUGAAAGACCACUCAUAAUCACAGGAUAUUCUGGAAGAGAUCGGCGAACCCCAGAAUUGCUCGUCGCGCUAGCUGACAUCAUUCCAGGAAUACGUGUACACGAUACAGGUGGGAGUGAUAUGUGUUUUCCUUUUUCGCACAUUGCGUCUGAAGGCUCGCGUUUCAGUACGCACGAUUGCACAAAAGAUGCCGAUGUCAUUUUAGUGCUCGACUGUGAUGUGCCCUAUAUUCCGUCACGCAACCCUCCACCCCAAAAUGCAAAGAUAUACCACGUGGACGUUGAUCCCCUAAAUCAACAAAUUUCGGUCUCCUUCUUCCCGGCUCAUGGGCGCUGGAAAGCGGACUGUUACACGGCCCUCGCGCAAUUGGGCGAUUAUAUCAAACGCAGUAGCUCACUCAUUGCUUCACUCCAGGACAAGAAAUUCGAGGCUCGCAAGACAGCACGUGCAGCAGCGCAUCAAAAUCAUUUAGCCGACAUAUCCUCCCGACUUCAUUUAGAUGACGGCGAUCAACUGGAUGCACACAAUGUUGGCAACCUUCUGAAAUCAAUUCUACCAGGCUCAACAACCUUCGUCGUUGAAGCUGUGACUUCAGCCCAGGCACUCAACGAUCAGCUACAGCCUGAUCGGCCGGGAAGCUGGAUCAACUGCGGCGGGACCGGAAUUGGUUGGAGUAACGGUGCAUGCCUGGGUGUAAAGAUGGCACUGGAAGACAUGAAGCAUGACAUAGGUAGUAAGCCGAAUCUGGUCUGCCAGAUUGUUGGGGACGGAAGCUUCAUGUGUGCUGCACCGUCAAGCGCGUUAUGGGUUGCCAGCAAAUAUAAGAUCCCAGUUCUGACGGUGAUCUUGAACAAUGGCGGCUGGAAGGCUCCUCGAAACUCUACCGAGCUUGUGUAUCCUGAAGGCCUGACUACGAUAGCGUCGGAUGAUGAGAUCAACGUCUCGUUUCGUCCAACCCCCAAUUAUGCUGCUCUAGCUGAGGCUGCAACUGGUUCGGAGAUUGACUGGGACAAUAUCCAAGACAAGUCGGAGGCAUGGAUGCACGGAGUACGGGUACGGACUGUGGGAGAAAUGAGAGAAGCACUGAAGCUCGCGAGCUCUAGGGUAGGAGACGAAGAAAAAGGGAUGCUGGUCGAGGUCUUGAUGUAG